AUGGACAAUGGCUUCAGUAUUAUUCUUGAGCUCCUGGGCGGUGCUGAUGGGUCCGAUGGUGUACGAUCCGGGGCGUGGCUUGCAUAUCCUCGCGCAACCGAUCGCCUGCUGACGUCGGACAUUCGAACAAUAGCGCGGCAUCUCGUCUCGGCAGAAAGACUGCCCUUCACCGCGACAUAUUUUGGCAGUAUUGCGUUGACGCUCUACUUUGCCCUCGGACCGCCUUCGUAUCGUGGCGAUCGACCAGUCGGCGUGCAAGAUCUUAGCUCGAGCUGUGGAGCUGUCACAAGCUCUCCCAUGAUGGACCCUUUAAUCGGACAAUGCCGCCGCUGCCGCCUACCGAAUGCUAAUCUUCACAGUACGAUCCUCACAUUGUUCUCGUCGAUCGUGCAAAGCGUGGCGCUGGUGUGGUAUCUGGUGUCUUACUUCCCGAUGGGCUCGACAGGUCUCCGAUUCGCAGCCAAUUUUGGUGGCAAUCGUAUCGCUGCUUGGAUGAAUGGAUGA